UAAAAAAAUGAAAUAAUGGAUAAAAAUUCAAUUUUUUACAAAAAUAAAUCAAGUUCAAAUUUUGAAAAGCAAAGUGAAAUUCUGACAAAUAGCAGUAGGAAAUGUAAUGUGAUAAAUGAGUUCUAUAAUGCACUUUGGCUGUUAUAAAGUGAAAAAAAAUAAAAUACAUGAAAGAAUGUUCUUGAAAAAGUCUCAUAAGUGCUUUUAAUAAUAAAAAUUUAUGAGAAAAACGUUGAAUUUUCCGCUGAACUGCAUAACAUCUUUUUCCGAGAAUCGUGCAAAGCUGCACCAAAACAUAUUGGAUACGAAAUGCAGCAACAACACAUAAUUGCAAGUUAUCUCCCUUGGAUAUUAUGGAGACUCGCGUUAACAUUACUAAUGUUUUGCGGAAUAGCGGUUACAGAAACAAAUUCGUUGCAUGAUCUGCCCGAUAUUGUCUGCGGUAACACAACCAAACUAUUUUUGGAAUGCUUUCAAAACAGUCCUGAGCUAUUUGCAUCAGUGAACAUCCCGAUCACACGAGAACAAGUCGUUUCUCGUUGCAAACUUUUUACACGCGGUAUCGCUUGCACAAACAGAUAUUUAGACAAAUGUAGUACGCCGGAACACAAGAGAAUUGUCCAGAAUGAGAUUUAUGGCGCUAACAAGUUGUACGAGUAUUUGUGUGACGACAUGCACUUUCAACGAGAGUUUUUGAAGAACAAACAAUGUUUCGUCGAUAUACAAAAAGAUUGGAGCGUUUGCGAGAAAGGCUACAAGGAAAUUUUGAAAGAAUUGGUUGCUCACAAGAAGAAAGACAACUUGCACUUUAUGGACUAUUGUUGUGCACGUGCAGCUUACGAAGAUUGUUCCACGAAAAUAGCACGUUACAAAUGUCGCAGCGGCUCGUAUUUAUUUGUAGCGAAAAUCGCAGAAAUUAUAUCGACAGAUAAGCGAUUUGGAGACUGUAAGCACGUUGAAAAGACCUUUUGUUCGAGUGCUCGUAGAAUAGAAAUGGACAAAAAUUUAAGUAGAAUUUACGUUGUUUUAAUCCCCGCCGUAAUCGUUCGUCUUGCACGGAGUAUUUGUUAGAUGUUAAUAUAAAGAGAGAUCAAUAAAGACUCGA